AUGGAUAUCAAGCCAACCCCUCCCGCCGGCCACUUGACCAUCAGCCAGCCCGUUCCCAGCCAAGUGGCCGAAAUCGCAAGGUAUCACGCGGGCGAAGAGUUUCGGACCCUCCGGUACACAGCUGUAACCUGCGAUCCCGAUGAGUUCAUGCAAAAGGGCUACACCCUGCGCCAGUACAACUAUCAGCGACAUACCGAAAUCGCCAUUGCCGUAACGCUAUACAACGAAGACGAAAAGGCUCUCCUGCGCACCAUACGCUCUCUCAUGAAGACCGUCUCUGAUCUGUGCAAUCGCAAUCGGUCCAAGAUUUGGGGCGGUGAGGGCUGGCAGAAGGUUACUGUGUGCCUGAUUGCCGAUGGCCGCGAGAAAUGCCAUCCCCGGGUCCUCAGCGUCCUCGGUCUCAUGGGCCUCUACCAAGAGCAUUUACUCGUGCCAACUGUCAACGGAGAGCCUGUUACGGCUCACAUAUUUGAGUACACAACUCAAGUCUGUGUCGACGACAAUUUUGAAGUCCAACCCAACGAGGGAUAUGCUCCUGUGCAAUUUAUAUUUUGUUUGAAGGAAAAUAACCAGAAAAAGAUCAACAGCCACCGGUGGUUCUUCAAUGCUUUUGGCCCGCUCCUGUGCCCCAACAUCUGCCUGCUGCUCGACGUCGGAACCAAGCCCUUCUCCGGAGCCAUAUAUCAUCUAUGGAAGGCGUUUGAUCGAGAUCCGCACCUUGGUGGGGCUUGUGGCGAAGUGUGCGCCGAGCUGGGCAAGUUUGGCGCUGGCCUUCUCAAUGUCCUCGUUGGGGCUCAGAACUUUGAGUACAAGAUGAGCAACAUCCUGGACAAGCCCACCGAGUCUGUCUUUGGUUACAUCAGCGUCCUCCCUGGGGCAUUCUCUGCAUAUCGCUACUCGGCGAUCCAAGGCCGCCCACUCGAGAUGUAUUUCAGAGGGGAGCUUCUCAAGUACAACACCUCCAGCAAAGUGACUGCAUCGACCGCCAAUAUGUAUCUGGCCGAGGACCGCAUUCUGUGCUUUGAAUUGCUCACCAAAACGCAGCAGAGAUGGUCACUCAAGUAUGUCAAGUCCGCCAAGGCAGAGACUGAUGUCCCAAAGCACAUCACCGAGUUUAUUACCCAGCGCCGACGCUGGCUCAACGGCUCGUUCUUUGCCAUGGUGUACGCACUUUCUGGGGCGCACCGCAUUCUUCAGUCAAGCCACUCGAUUCCGAGAAAGAUUCUGCUCGUGAUCCAGUUUGUGUACAACGCUAUAUCCUUGAUCUUCAGUUGGUUUGCGCUGUCCUCGUUCUACCUGACAUUUUACUUUCUCGGCGGACCAAGCCAAUCUAACCCGGCGGCCAACAGCGGCAUGGUCGAUCCAUUCUUUGGCUAUGGAGACGUGGUUUUCCAAAUGCUUCAGCAACUCUACAUCGGGUCGCUGGUGCUGACCUUUGUGGUUUCGCUUGGCAAUCGUCCCAAGGGCUCCAAUUAUGCCUAUCUGUUUUGCUUCCUUAUCUUCACCUUCCUGAUGAUGGUGAUGCUCUACCUCACCGGGUUUGCGAUAUUCCAGAGUCUGCCAAAGUAUGAUGGCUCUGUGGCAUCGCUGCCGAGCUUGCUCGGGCAACCCGUCUUCCGAGACAUUCUCAUUGCGGUGGGAUCAUCGUAUGGACUCUUCAUCCUCUCGUCGCUGCUCUACUUUGAAGUCACUCAUAUCAUCGGGUCAAUGCUGCAGUAUAUUCUGCUGCUUCCGUGCUUCACGAACAUCCUGAUGGUUUACGCAUUCUGCAAUAUCCACGACGUCACUUGGGGCACCAAGGGAGAAAGCUCGUCGCCAAUCAAACAUGAACCUGCUGCCGACGCAGCAGGACUGGAGGCGGCCGCAGCCAGCGAAAGCGACAUGGAUGUCUCUCAAACUAGAAACGGGAUCGAUGCAGAAUUCGAUGCCGCCGUAGCGCACCUGCGAGCCGGCCCCAACAACCGGGAGCGGCCAGGGGCAGACGAGGCGCUGACCAUCAGGGAUCUCAAGACGCUGCAGGAGGACUACUUCCGACGGUUUCGCUCCAACGUCGUGCUGCUGUGGAUUGCAAGCAACUGGCUUCUGGUGCUGGUGCUGACCAACCCCAAGUGGUCCACCGUCUUUUACCAGACCCUGGGUGUCCGAGCGACGCCCGAGUUCAAUCCGUACCUCAAGUUUCUGUUUUACGUCUUUGCGGGCAUGGGAAUCUUCCGCUUCUGCGGCUGUGUGAUCUAUUUGGUGCUGUUCAUGAUUGGUCUUUGA